GCGCCAUAAACUCGUCACCCACGUCUCGCAUGCGCCGCCCCAUCAUCUCAGCAGCCCUGACGCUUUCCCUCUCCUCCUCUCCCGCCAAGCCCGACGCUUCGUCCUGCCUGUAGCGGAGAUGUUGGGAGCUCUCCUCGCUCAAUUCCUGGUCGCUUCUAGCCUUUUCGUCCAUGAAACCGAGUAGCGCGGCGGCGGUGCUGCGUUGCUGGACGGCGCUCACGCUUGCCCCAUCUUCGCCCAGCUCAAGGCGAAGCUCUAGGGUUCCUCGACCGCCCGCCUGCCUGAGAGGGAUGGAAACAGUCACAGACAUCAUUCUACAACAGAAGUGGUUUUUGAGACAGGGUUGGGCUUAUUAUUCCCAAUUGGAGCGCACUAUCUCUUUGUCGUCCGCAUGUGGGCGGGGGGGUCUGGGAAAAAGAGAAACUGUGUAGUAGAGAGAGUUGAGUAGUUUCGCUUUGUACGCCAGAGCUGACGCCAGGGUAAGACAGUGAUAUGGCCGAAGUCCAGUUGGUAGUUAGGCAGGUGAGUACGCAAGUCCCUGUCACCAUCAACCUGAGCCUGGCGCUGGGACAAGUAUCAACUGGAGAUGAGGGAGGAGCGACGCCGGCAGAGACGGCUCGUUCUACAGGAGCUGCCUGUGUCAGCAGCAUCAGCGCCCUGGCUCGCCAUGAUCCUGCCUCCGCGAACGAGUUGAGCGAAGAAGAUCGAGCCAAUUUACAGUUCACGACGGACGGGGAGGGAGGGGAGGGGGCCAGCUACGGUGCGGUGUUCGGAGAAGUGGUCCGUGGGUUCGCAGACCAGCUUCAUCAACAGGUGGAGGAAUACACUGACUCUGUGGUGGAGGAGGACCCCUCGCAGGCCAUCAUGAGUCUACAGAAUGAGCUGGACGGUGUCUUUGAUGUCACUGAAGGACAAGGAAGGUUCAACAGUGGACGUGUUAUGGUAGCGUUCUACCUGACCUACUCUGUGGUGAAGAAGUACUAUCAGCGAUACGGAAACGAACGGAUCCUGCCUUUCAUGAAACAGCUCCUACCGAGUGUGGUGUCUUACCUGUUCCGUAUCGGGUUCAUGAGCUGGCUGGUCAUCACUGGGGGUUGGGAGAUAUUGAGAGCAGUGACCAGAGCAGAUUCACUCGUGUCGUUUCUGUUUCGUGUGGUCCGUGUUGCACCAUAUGUUGGAGGUCUCUGGUUAUCAUGGAGGGCGUUCAGAUACUUCUGGCAUUGAGACUAAUUUAUUGACAGUAUGGAGUUUUGAAAGAGUAUUGGUAAUGAAGGCCAUAAAUAUUAAUAAUUAUGUAGCCAUGGUUUUUCAAAAAUCACUUAUGGUUGUUUUUUGAGCUACUCAUUUUAUGUUGUGCAGAUUAUAUAUAUAUACAUAAUGUUUUUGAUUAUUGAUAGUGUUUUACUUCACGUAAAUGUCAUGACUAGGGAAGAUGCUAGUUGAAGCAAAACAAGAAUGUUCUCCAAGGGGAAAUAUGAUGCUAUUACUUUCUACAUAUUUUCAAUUCAACACUCUCUGACUUAAUGCUCACGAGGAAUUGAGCAAAACUAGAACUACCUACGUAUGUAUUAUGCACACAAGUUUUAAGGUUUUUUACGUAAAGUUAUUCUUCAAAUUUCUGCCUGUCUUUUAAAUUGGCCAUACGCAGGGUUGACCUCUGUAUGUACAUCUUUUGGCUUGGACUCUUUUCUAAAAUAGAAAGAAUAGCAGUGAAUGAUGACAUACACACACACAGGUCGAUUUUUACCUGCGUCUAUGGACAAUGAUGGUUCCACCGAUAAGUCCUGUGAUGCCCACUGCAGCACCAAUCACACCAAUAACCACUGCAAUUAUUAUGGGGGUUGAGUUAGUGUCCCCUGAACUAUCAG